AUGGCACCUCUUUUCAUGCACAAUAACUUGUUGGAACUCCAACGGCGUGACGAGCAGGUGAUGUCGAAACUCUACUUGUACGACCCCUCACUCGCCGCUGCCUGCAUCUUUAUUGUACUCUUUGCCUGCACGGCCGUGGCGCACCUCUUCGUUCUCUUCAAGCGUCGGACCUGGUAUUUUGUACCCUUCUUGAUUGGCAUUGGCUGCGAAAUCAUUGGCUAUGCCGGGCGCGCCCUGUCGGCUUCUCAGACGCCCAACUGGUCCGUAUUUCCGUACGCACUGCAGUCGCUGAUGCUGCUUAUUGCUCCCUCCUUUCUGGCCGCCUCCAUCUACGGCAUGCUCGGGCGCACCAUUGCCAUGACCAGGGGCGAGGCCUACAGCCCCAUCCCGCCCAAGAAGCUCACCAAGGUCUUUGUCACCAGCGAUGUGCUGUCUUUUCUGGUGCAGAGCGGGGGUGGUGGCAUACUCACCAAUGCAAAGUCGCCGAGCAGCAUCCAGCUAGGGGAAAAGGUCAUCAUUGUUGGUCUCUUUAUUCAACUGAUUGGGUUCAUCUUCUUCAUUGGUGUGACGGGGACAUUCCACAAACGUAUCACGCAAGGGUCGAGGACGGGUCCCGUGAGCGUAGCCGCACCAUGGAGACGGCACAUUUUCAUCCUCUACGGAGUCAGCGCCCUCGUAUUUGUGCGGUCUCUGUUUCGCGUCAUUGAGUAUUGUCAAGGUUACGAUGGAUAUCUGCAGACGACCGAGGUGUUUCUCUACGUUUUCGAUGCAGCUCUCAUGUUUGUCGUCACGGUCGUACUGGCCAUUGACUAUCCCAACGGCGAAGAGACGGGGUUUGAAGAGGUCAAGUCAGAACCAGAAGGGCCUCUGGAGCUGCGCAAUCUGAUACCUGGCAAUGUUCACAGCAUGCAACAGUGGGAGGGACCUUCUCCUACAGCUUAUAGAGGGCAGAGCGCGAGAAUCUAA